UCCAAAACCCCAGUCCUAAGCAAAUGCUUCCCUCCGGACGAAUAUCUCCUAGACCUGCAUGCCAUGCUGCCUCUGCUGCGGAUAUCUCCCUCCAUUUCCAUUCGAUUUUCUAACAGUCAGCAACCGAUCUCCUCUUCCCUUCUCCCUGCCACGUUUCUCCUUUUCUAGCACCUAAAGAUGGACUCGGCGAUCCUUCCAGACUGCCGGGCACAUCUGCGCCCGACGCCGGGAGCCGUUCCUUCUCCCGAGAGAUGGUCACGCCGCCACUCUCCUGCUCCAAUUGCAGUAGCAGAGACGAGUUCUGGACCCAGAAGCAUAGCCGAAGGCGGGAGCAAACGAUUGUUUGUGUUUGGGACAGGAUUUGUAGGUCGAUACGUGUCUGACCGCCUCCUAAGACAAGGAUGGCAUGUCUCUAGCACAUCUUCGUGUGCCCCAAAGAAGAGGGAGCUUGAGGAGAUGGGAUUGGAUGCCUUCAUUUUCGAUGCAAAUAAGGACAAGCUGACAAACCUACAUACCUUGCAAUGUGCAACACAUCUUCUUGUUUCCAUUCCUCCUCUUGUAGGCAUUGGUGACCCUCUUCUCUACAUACAUAGAGAUUUGCAAGCCAUAUUAGAAGAUGGAAAUUUGGAGUGGCUAGGAUACCUAUCGUCAACAAGUGUUUAUGGUGAUUGUGGCGGGCUUUUGGUUGAUGAAGAUUAUCCUCCAAAUCCUAAAACAGAGUCUGCAAAGUUAAGGCUUGCAGCAGAGACAGGAUGGCAAGAUCUAGGCUAUGAGCUUGGUGUGUCUGUUAAUGUAUUCCGACUAGGAGGGAUAUAUGGUCCUGGAAGAUGUGCUUUGGAUACCAUCCUGAAAGGAAAUUCUUUGUCAGAAAGUCAGAUUAAGAGGGCAUCUAAGGUUUUCACAUCGCGCAUCCAUGUAGCUGAUGUAUAUCAAGCGUUAAAAGCCAGUUUUGGUAUAUCUUCAUCAAGAAUGUACAAUGUUGUGGAUGAUGAUCCAACCCCUCGACAAGAAGUAUUUGCUUUUGCGCGCAGUCUAAUUGAGAAAAGAUGGCCAGGACUGCUCAAUGACUCAGGUAGCAUUGACACACAAGAAACUGAAGCUCAUAAGGUUCAUGUAGGGGGCGAGAAGCGUGUGUCAAAUGCUCGACUAAAGAAGGAACUCGGUGUCAAUCUUCUUUACCCAACUUACAGGCUGGGGUUACAGGCCAUACUGGAAUCCUGUGAAGCAUUUCCGGGGAGCCCUGAAAGAUCACCAAGAUCCUAAAUGUGGCGGUGUUGGUGAAAGCGCGAAUUAAUCAGUUUAUCAAUUUGAUAUGAAGAUGUUGAGAAGCUUGAGUUGAGAGACUUUUGAGUACCACAUGGCAGGAAGAACUUCUGGAUCUUAUUUGAUACAAUUAAAUAUGGAGAAUAUUUAGAUAAAAUAUUUUAAUAAUAUAACAUCAUUUGAAGUUGGUGUUCAUGAAAAUUAUGUAAUCCAUAGAAAACUAAUUGUGUUGAUUCAUUUAUCUGAAAGACUUUUCAUAGACUUCUUUUGACA